AUGCCCCAGAUUCCCCUUUGUUCGGCCUUUGCCUGGAUAAUUUUCCGAGGUUAUUCCGACGCUCAACGUCGACCCAUCCUUUCGCUGCACUCCGACCAACAUAUAUACGGCUCUCGCUCUCAUGCCAACUCUCAGCAUGGCCAAAUACCGCACAAAGCCGUUUAAUCGAACAGAAGAGCCGAGCUCUUGUGUCAACGGCAGAGGGGAGUCGCAUCGUAGCAUUGAGAAGAAGCGGGCCCCGGGACCUAUUCGCAGAAGUGCACGCUUGAGAGAGAUACAAGCUCUCGAUAGGAGCCACGAGGAGAGCUACUCAUUCCCAUCUCCAGCCAGCGACGUUCCCAGCGGAAAGUUCCCUCAGCACCGGACGGCCACUCCACAAGCCAACGAUGGGAAGAGAAAACGACAGCAAGAACCCGAAGACGAACUUGGCUCCACUCCAGCUGGAAAGAAACCGCGAGCACCCCCGACACGCCCCAAGGAAGGAACACCUGGCGUGAAAGCAGCGAGAUGCAUCGAGAAGACCAAUCCGAUCGACUAUUGGACAAAGAAGAAACGCUGGCCCAAGAAGUACUUUAAACAAGACGAUCAGACGAGGAAAGAUUUCAACAAAGAUUCCGAGAAAGACAGCUGGUUUGAGAAAUACUGGCUACCAAACAUGAGCCAUCCACUUCCAAAAAAGAAAUCCUCAUCUUCUCGUCUCAGACAAUCAGAAUAUGGCUCUGCGGUGCCGCCUUCCACCCCGAGCGAUCAGAAGCCGAGGGAGCAGAAGAGUGCACCAUACGCGCAAACGCGCUAUGUAACUCUGCUUGCCAUCAAAGGCAGCUUCAUGGAUAAAGAUGAAGAAGGCAUCAAGGACAAAAGCAAGAGUCUUUGCCGAACUUUGCUUGAGAGUGACGACCAGACAGUACCUCAAUAUUCUCUAUUUCACGACCAUCUUAUUGAAGCGGUCUGCCGGAAGGUACAGUAUAGAAACGAAGCCAUGGUCAUUCAAGAUAUCACUCGAUUGAUCGUCCCUUCGGCAGAAAACCUCGCCAUCUACGGCUCAAAGCACCUCAAAAUACUUAUCGAGACAGCGAACGAGGGCUGGAAUCGCUCAAGACCCUUUGUCGGACCUCGUCCGCAACCCGACUACUCAGUGGGAUUCCGGCGAGAGGCGUUCACAAAAGAUCAGCUGAACAAGCUCGAGGGCUUGGUUGGCGAUGUUAUAGCCGGAGACAUGUCCUUCUACAUGGCCACCUACUUCAUGUACCUCCCGUUCCUUACAUGCGAAGUUAAGUGCGGCGCUGCGGCGCUCGACAUCGCAGACCGGCAGAACGCCCACAGCAUGACGCUUGCUGUGAGAGGAGUUGUUGAGAUGUUCAGACGCGUCAAGCGCGAGAAGGAGAUUGAUCGCGAGAUCUUGGCAUUUUCCGUGUCGCACGAUCACCGGAGCGUGAGAAUCUACGGCCACUAUGCUGUUAUUAAUGGGGCCGCAACUACCUUCUACCGCCACCCGAUCCGCGAGUUCAGCUUCACGGCACAGGACGGGAAAGAGAAGUGGACGGCGUACAAAUUCACCAAAAACGUCUACGAUGUUUGGAUGCCAAACCACUUCAAACGUCUCUGCUCGGUCAUCGAUGAGCUACCGCCUGAGCAUGACUGGGAUGUCCCGCCGCUUUCGGAGGGAACCGGGCUUUCUCAGGUGUUCGAAAGUCAUCAUGUGUCUCGAUCGAACACUGAUUCUGCCUCAGUGCUCCAGGUGAGCCUCCCCGGAUCUCAAGAUGUUACUCCGAAUACGUCUUCCUCUCAACCCGGGCUAUUCAGGAAGCCGCGGAAAAGGCGUGAUGCUGGGCAGUAGCGUCAGAAAAGCGAGAUGUUUCACGGAAUGUCUUGCCGAC